CUCGUCCAAACCGAUCGAUGAUCAGCGGGACAGAAAUCUGCGGAAAGUGUUGAACCCUGUCAGACGUUCAAGAGCCACCGGAAGUGGGCGGUUUAUGCCUGUGCGUGUGUGUGUGAGUGAGUGAGUGAGUGAGUGAGUGAGUGAGAGAGAGAGACAGAGAGAGAGAGAGAGAGAGAGAGAGAGCAGUGAACUAAAGCGAACUGUUGCAAACUAGACGGCUGACUGAGCGGCGGACUGACCGGGAGAUCUCUGUCGCAGCCUCUCCUUCGCGUUUUAUGAGCACGGACAGCGGCUCGGGUCGCUCCACGGAGGUUUGCGGUGCUCCUCUUUAGAGUUUCCUGCUGGUACAUGGUAACGCAGAGCUGAAGGCAAGAGGGUGUUGAAGAUGGCAGUGUGGAUCCAGGCCCAGCAGCUCCAGGGAGAUGCUCUGCACCAGAUGCAGUCUCUGUAUGGUCAGCACUUCCCCAUAGAGGUGCGACAUUAUCUGUCCCAGUGGAUAGAGGGCCAGCUGUGGGAUGCCAUAGACCUGGAGAACCCACAGGAGGAGUUCAAGGCUAAACGCCUGCUGGAUAGUCUGAUCCAGGAGCUGCAGAACAAGGCCGAGCACCAGGUGGGAGAGGACGGCUUCCUACUCAAAAUCAAACUGGGACACUACGCCAGCCAGCUCAAGAGCACGUAUGACCGCUGUCCUCUGGAGUUGGUCCGAUGCAUCAAACACAUCCUCUACACAGAGCAGAGGCUCGUCAGAGAGGCCACCAAUUCGAGCUCACCAGUGGGUGGGAUGAUGGACAGCAUGUCUCAGAAAUACCAACAGAUAAACCAAGCUUUUGAGGAGCUUCGCCUGCUGACCCAGGACACUGAGAAUGAUCUGCGCAAGCUCCAACAGAACCAGGAGUACUUUAUCAUCCAGUACCAGGAGAGUCUCCGCAUCCAGGCUCAGCUGACCAGCCUGGCAACACUUCCCCCUGCUGACCGACAGCUACGGGAGCCCACCCUUCUCAGCAAGAGGGCCACUGUGGAGGCAUGGCUGACCAGAGAGGCCAACACACUACAGAAAUACCGACUGGACCUGGCAGAGAAGCACCAGAAAACACUGCAGCUGUUGAGGAAGCAGCAGACCAUCAUUCUGGAUGACGAGCUGAUCCAGUGGAAGAGACGGCAACAGCUGGCAGGCAACGGGGGCCCGCCGGAGGGAGGCCUGGACAUCCUGCAGUCCUGGUGUGAGAAGCUUGCAGAAACUAUCUGGCAAAACAGACAGCAGAUUCGGAGGGCAGAGCACCUCAGACAACAGCUGCCCAUCCCCGGCCCCAUUGAAGAGCUCCUAAAUGAACUCAACAGUACUAUUACAGAUAUCAUCUCAGCAUUGGUCACCAGCACGUUCAUCAUUGAGAAACAGCCUCCACAGGUGCUGAAGACCCAAACCAAGUUUGCCGCUACAGUGCGUCUCCUAGUGGGUGGGAAAUUGAAUGUGCACAUGAACCCUCCACAGGUCAAAGCCACCAUUAUUAGUGAACAACAAGCCAAGGCCCUGCUGAAGAAUGAAAACACAAGAAAUGACAGCAGUGGGGAGAUUCUCAACAAUAACUGUGUGAUGGAGUAUCACCAGACUACAGGCACUCUCAGCGCCCACUUCAGAAACAUGUCUUUGAAGAGGAUCAAGCGAUCGGACAGGCGAGGAGCAGAAUCUGUCACAGAAGAGAAGUUCACGAUUCUGUUCGAGUCCCAGUUUAGUGUCGGCGGCAACGAGCUCGUCUUUCAAGUGAAGACGUUAUCACUUCCUGUAGUGGUGAUAGUUCACGGUAGCCAAGACAAUAACGCCACAGCGACCGUGUUGUGGGACAACGCUUUUGCAGAGCCGGGACGAGUGCCUUUCCUCGUGCCAGACAAGGUGCUCUGGCCUCAGCUUUGCGAUGCCAUAAACAUGAAAUACAAGGCUGAAGUGCAGAGUAACCGGGGCCUGUCGGAGGAGAACCUGGUCUUCCUGGCUCAAAAGGCUUUCAGCAGCUCCAGCAACAACCCCGACGACUACCGCAACAUGACUAUGACUUGGUCACAGUUUAACAGGGAAAGCUUGCCGGGGAGGAACUUCACAUUUUGGCAGUGGUUUGAUGGUGUGAUGGAACUCACAAAAAAGCAUCUUAAACCACACUGGAACGAUGGAGCCAUCUUGGGCUUUGUGAACAAGCAGCAGGCUCAGGACAUGCUGAUGUCAAAACCCAACGGCACUUUCCUUCUGCGCUUUAGCGACUCUGAGAUUGGAGGAAUUACAAUUGCCUGGGUGGCAGAAAAUCCUAACAAAGCAGGUGAGAGAAUGGUUUGGAACCUCAUGCCCUACACAACCAAAGACUUCACCAUUCGCUCUCUGGCCGACCGCAUCAGCGAUCUCAAUCACCUCCUGUUCCUCUACCCCGACAGACCCAAGGAUGAGGUGUUCUCCAAAUACUACACCCCACCGCUCUCCAAAGCAGUGGACGGCUACGUGAAACCACAAAUCAAGCAAGUGGUGCCCGAGUUUACUACAGCCAAUCCAGACCCAGCAAGCGGGAAUCCAACCUAUAUGGAUCACGGCGCCUCCCCAGCACCUGUCAAUCACCCUCACCCCUACAGCAUAUACCCACCUAUGAGUGACUCUAUGUUGGACGCUGAUGGAGACUUCGACCUGGACGACACCAUGGACGUGGCGAGGCAUGUAGAGGAGCUCCUCCGGCGGCCUGUAGAGAGCCAGUGGGGUGGCCAACAAUCCUGACCCUGGAUCUGUUAACCCCGCCACAACACCAAACAAAAACCCUGCCUCCCGACUCCCCCCACCCCCGACUCGCAGUGACAUUUCACAUGGUUUAAUUCCAUUUCAUUUCUCUCUUUUUUUUUUCUUUUUUUUUCAGAUAGCUAUAAUGUGAAAUGUUGAUAAUGGUUGUGAUCUUACUUUUCUUUUCAGCAUGAGCGCAUGCAUGUCAGUGACCUUCUCUUAGUUUUAUUUGUGACCAUAAGUGUUUGUAAAACAGACUAGGAAUAACACAAAACCUACAAUGUUACAGUAUUGUGAAAAACAAAAGAAAAAGGUAAUGUUCAUUCACGUUGUGCAUGCAUUUCCGAUUGAUUUUUGAACAGAUUUAAAAAAAAAAAAAAUGCUACUGUAUGAAGUCAUUUUAACAGUUGAAUGUUUUUAUUUUGUUAUAUCCUUGUAAAUGGGUUAUCAGUAUUUUGAUAGUGACAUUGAACUUGCCCUUUGACAAAAACAAAAGAGACACAGUAUGGAAAAGGUUUUGCUUUUGCUCUUAACAACAUUGUCCGAUUCACCGCUCUGCAGUUUCUGUCAGUUUUUUUUCUAAUCGAUAUACACUAACCUAAAGGCAGAGUGACUCUCUUUGCUCGCCGUGACUGACAGCACAUACAUCAGCACGCGGUACACACGGGCAAAAGUGUACGCUGCAUUCGUUCUGAUUUGUUCACCAGCUGAAACCCACGACGGGGGUUUGUGCACCUCCCUCGCUCUCACAGGGCUAUUUGUCUUCUGUUCGUACACAGAAAUGCAAAUCCAAGCAUUUACCCAGCGCUGCCUGCUUGUCCUCUCAGGUCUCUCUGUUCUCCUCAUCAACGCUACCUCGCAUUAUUCUACUGACAGUCAUUACUUUUGGUUCUUUUUGUUGUUUUUUUUUGCACCACAUCCACACCAGUAGGUACGCUCUCCGGGUUUUUUUUUUGUUCUUGUUGUUUGUGUUGAUAUGUACAGGGAGAUCCUUGGAUGUUUUAUGCUUGAAACCACUCGCCUUGAAGAGGUCUAGAUGCAUAAAGUGUUACUUGUAUGGCCGGUAUGCUUGAAUAUUCCCUUCUGACUUUUUCUGCCUCUCCGUCCACUUGUUCCUGUAGCUGUGUCAAGACAAACCUAUGGGCUGCGUAAAACUCACCGGCCACUGGAGCACAUCCAGAACUCGAGGAUGUGUUGUCACGUCAGGCUUCGUCUGGCUUUUGUGCUUUUGGUUGACGUUAGUUUUCUAGUGUGUUCACUUUUUGCUAUACAGGAAAAACGGCAAACACAUCAGCCUAAAUAGAAAAAAAUAGGGUUGAGACUAUUACACGACUCCCUCCACUAGCACACACAACGCUGAAUAGAAAACAUGUCGUCCACAACAGCCUUGCACCUCAGGAAUGCUUCGCCUAGCUGAUGUAUAAGCCAAAUAGAAAAUGAUCUGUGUAUACAAAAUAUAUGAAUUUAUUUUCUCUAUAAUAAUUCUAUUUUAUUAUUGUUUCUCUGGCACUCCCCCCGUUGAAUGUAACCCCCUUUGCAUGACCCUGUAGAGGAUUUAUGUACAAAUACCUCCUCAGCCUGAGCAGAAGUUCAAGAUUCAUUGUCACCAGAAGUCCCCGUUGGAAAAAAAAAAAAAAAAGGAUACAGAGGGACUGGAAAAUCAGAGAAGAAUUGAUGAUGUACUUUGUGUUUGCCCGACAGACAUUAGAGUAUUAAACAUAUUCCCUCGUCUAUCUUUUCAUUUCUCCUUCAAAGCAAUUUUUUUGUUGUUGUUGUAUCUCGCUUUCUUUCCUGUCUUUGAAAUCUCAAGCUAUGUGGGCAGUUUUGUGAUAUCAUCCUCUGAUCACCGUCAAUUCUCAACCUUUUUAAGCUUUGUUCCACUGUAGACCGUGUAUUUUUUCGAUUGAUGUAGAUGGCGCUGUGUGCUGUUCAGUGUAUGUACCAUGUUUGUGGUUUUGGAGGUUUUCCAAGAGAAACAGCUGUCGAGUUGAAAAAGAAGAAAAAAAAUAAAGUUUUAUAAAUAAUUUUAA